AGUGUAAAAGGCCUUUGGAGAUCGAGUCUUGUUCGGAAAAUCUGGUUCACUAGCAGGAUCCAUGGCUAUAAAUGAUGAGGUGGGUUACAAAGCCAAAAAAUUUGGGCAAUAAACACCUUUUCACUAUAGUGGAAUACCAAAUUUAACAUUUAACCUUUUAAGAAUUGACAAUUUUGUAAAGUCAGAACUGUAAAAACAGAGAUUUGCAAAUGUUUUAGAGGCUCAGUGUGGAGGCGCAUUCUCCAAUCAAAGGGCAUAUCUCUGUUGAAAAAUUAGAAUAUAACGAUUAUUCCAUUUGUAUCUUAUGCGGGCAUGAGGUAGAAUUUAUUAUAUCACAUUUUAGAUUGCUUUUGUACCAUCCAAAUAUAUAAAUAUUGCGAAUGGUCCUUCGCUUUCACCAACCAUAUUUGUUCUGCAUUAAAUACUGACCAGGAAGGCGCAUUUUCCUCACCUUUCUGUUAUCCUCAGGAUCCUAAACUUGGUCGCUUAGCUGUUGUUAUUCAAGAGGUUCAGUGAAGUACGCUUAUCAUAGAAGGUGUGCGUGCAUAUAGUCAGAUAUAGCUUCUGCUUCAAUCUGGUUCUGCUACUACGGGACCAAUUUCUUCUGUUUUUCCGGCUCUGUCAAUCUGCCGGCCUUGCAGCUUUUGGACAUAAGCAUUAUGCCUAAUAAGACAAGGCUUUGACUGGGUGACGCAGAGCUUGAGGAAGAAGAAGAGGAGGAGAAACUGUUAUAACUGAAGCAAAUUACUCUGUUUUGGAAGCUAUUUGAACUUGUUACAUAGAACAUACAAGUAUGCAAAUGGAGUGUUUGGGGAGACUGUGGAGCUAUUCUUGUUGUUUUGAUGGUGUUCAAUCAUGGAAGUUGUUGAUCCUGGUUGGAAUUGUUUCGGUGGUAUUCGUUGUAUGGAAAAAGGAUGGAAAGUACAGAGCCAAGAGGACUGGGCUGCCUCUUGGUACUUUGGGAUGGCCCUUCAUUGGAGAGACCUUGGAGUUCAUAUCCUGUGGCUAUUCAACAAGGCCUGAGAGCUUCAUGGACAAAAGAAGGCGACUAUAUGGAAAGGUAUUCAAAUCACACCUUCUUGGGAGCCCCACAAUUGUGUCAACUGAUCCAGAAGUGAGCAAAGUGGUUUUACAAAAUGAUGGUAGAAUAUUUGUUCCAUCUUAUCCUAAGUCACUUAAUGAACUCAUGGGAAAGUCUUCGAUACUACUGCUGAAUGGAAACAUGCAGAAAAAGUUACAUGGUCUCAUAGGUAGUUUCCUCAAAUCCCCACAGUUAAAAGAACAGAUAACUGUGGAUAUUGAGAAGUAUGUGCUGGAUUCCAUGAGAAGCUGGGAAGAUGGACAAGUGGUUUACAUACAAGAUGAAACCAAAAAGAUAGCUUUUCAGGUGCUGUUAAAAGCCCUUAUGAGUCUUAACCCUGGCGAUGAAUUGGAAUAUCUAAAACAGGAAUUCAGAAAAUUUAUUUCUGGUUUGGUCUCAAUUCCAGUCAAAUUGCCUGGAACAAGGCUUUAUAAGUCCUUACAGGCAAAGGCAAACAUGGUGAAGAUGGUGCAUAGAAUCAUAGAAGACAGAAAAGAAAACUACAACAACAAUGGAAGUCGACAAGAGGAUGUGUUGGAUGUAUUAUUACAUGAAACAAACAACAUAACAGGGCACUUUACCAGAGACCUCAUCUCUGAUAACAUGAUAGAUUUAAUGAUCCCAGGGGAAGAUUCAGUACCAAUGCUAAUGACUCUAGCAGUUCAUUACCUUACCAGCUGUCCACUUGCCCUACAACAAUUACAGGAAGAAAACAUGAAGCUCAAGGAAUCCAAGGAAGGGAAGAAAGAACCAGUGACUUGGAGUGAUUAUAUGUCAUUACCAUUUACACAGAAUGUCAUAACAGAGACCUUGCGUCUGGGGAAUAUCAUAACUGGUGUGCUGCGCAAAUCAUUGCAGGAUAUUGAAAUCAAAGGACACUUGAUUCCCAAGGGAUGGUGUGUAUUCACAUACUUCAGGUCCAUUCAUCUUGAUGAAGAUAAUUAUGAAAGUCCAUACAAAUUCAAUCCUUGGAGAUGGCAAGAAAAGGACCCAACAGGGAGUAGUUUUACUCCUUUUGGAGGUGGCCAUAGACUUUGUCCGGGACUUGAAAUUGCAAGACUAGAAGCUUCUAUCUUCUUGCAUCUUCUAGUAACUCGAUAUAGUUGGGAGGCAGAGGAGGACUCAGUUGUGAGUUUUCCAACGGUGCACAUGAAGAAAAAUAUGCCCAUCAAAGUCAAAAAGUUCACAUCUUUUUCUUAAUCUUCUCGCUUUUUUGAAAACCUGCACAAAAUGACAAUUAUGAAAAGCCAUGGUGAAUAGAAUAAGGAAUGAAGGAAGGAGAGAGUCUAAUGAGGGACUUCAGUUGCUCUCAGUGAGCAUAUAGAGUAUAAAUGUACAUCCCCAAUUAAAUAUAUAUUUUGGAAUUAGUCAAUCAAUGUCCCUAGUGGGUAGACACAUAUAUUCAUACAGAUAAGUUAAAUAGGAUGAAAUGUAAUAAAUCCAUAGGCAGAGGUAGGCACAGUUUCCUUUGAAUGUGAAUUGGAUUCCAUUUUGUUGAUUAUAUUAUGUUAUUAUAUUUUGGGUUAUAUAAAAUGAGUUGAAUAACUCUCUCUUCUUUUUC